UUUGAUUUGCUAAAAGAUUGUAUGUAAUUAAGUUAUAGAAAAACAAUGAGCGUGUUCUAAGCCAAAGGGUCCCACAUGGAUGCAUGUGUGAGGGGUUUGGUUUCAGAGCUGCCAUUAAUACCCCAUAUGUUGCGUUUGUUUUAACUUUGGAUAUCUUUUUGGCUUUUGUACAUAGGAACAUCAUCAUCAUCACGGCUUUGAAAUGCUUCAAAGGCAAUGAAUUAGUCAUUUCUAUGGGGUAUACCCUGAAAAAAAAGAGCACAGUCAAAAACAGUAACUGACUGACGUCUUCUCUUUUUCUUUAAUGCCUAGUUUUUGGUCCUUUGCUUUCAAACUUUGGAAUUUUCGUGGUGAGGGUUUUUAGGGGCUCAUAAAAAAAUAGAAAGUUGAAAGUUUUAUUCAUUUGGGUUAGUGGGUUUUUAUUCUGAGAGGCUAAGAAUUGGAGGAGUUGACCUAAAAGCUAACUUCUUAUUGGUGUCUGAUUAGAGGAUUCUCUGGUUUUAGGCAGGGAUUUGGAGGUGUUUUUGAAGUGGGUUUGGGGGGCUUUUUCUCAAUGGGGUUCAUGGAAUGAAUUUGGGGAUGGAUUUAAAGCAAGGUUUUUUGAAAGAUUUAGUGGGUUUUCUGUGAACUAAAUGUUAAAGAAGAAGCUACAUUUUGGUUAUUUUUCAAGGUUUGACUGUUGAGAAAAAGCUGGCUUGAGUAAUUUAGGUUGGUGUUUUUUUGGUGUGAGGGUUGUGGUUUAGGGGUUAAAGUAGAACUGGUUUCGUUUUAGAUUUCGAAAGAGCCCUGUUUUUGGGCCAGUUACUGGUAUAUUGCCAUAAACAAAGGAUUCUUGAGUUUCUAAUUCUGAUAUAGGGUUAAAGGAUUUGUCCUUGGGAUUCUGGAGUAGACUGUUCAGAAUUCUGCUGCUGAACUUAGUUUUCUUUUCCCACUGAAAAAAAUGGCUUGCAUGAAACUGGGAUCCAAAACUGAUGCGUUUCAAAGGCAAGGGCAGGCUUGGUUCUGCACAACUGGACUUCCUAGCGAUAUUGUUGUUGAAGUUGGAGAAAUGUCCUUUCAUCUUCACAAGUUCCCUUUACUCUCUAGAAGUGGGGUUAUGGAAAGAUUAAUUUCUGAAGCAUCUGAAGAAGAAGAAAAAUGUUCCAUAUGCCUUCCUGACAUUCCUGGAGGGCCCAAAACUUUUGAACUUAUGGCCAAGUUCUGCUAUGGGGUGAAACUUGAACUCACUGCCUCAAAUGUUGUGUACCUUCGAUGUGCUGCUGAGUAUCUAGAAAUGACUGAGGAAUAUGGGGAAGGCAAUCUUAUUAUGCACACUGAAACCUUUCUUAAUCAAGUAGUCCUCCGAAAUUGGAAAGACUCUCUAAGAGCUCUUCAAACCUGUGAUGAUAUUAUCUCUUAUGCUGAUGAACUGAACAUUACAAAAAGGUGCAUUGAAUCAUUAGCCAUGAAGGCCUCUACUGACCCCAACCUAUUUGGGUGGCCCAUAAUGGAACAUGGUGGUCCUAUGCAGAGUCCUGGUGGAAGUGUGUUGUGGAAUGGGAUAAGUACAGGCGCUAGACCAAAAAAUUUAAGUUUAGAUUGGUGGUAUGAGGAUGCAUCAACUUUAAGUUUACCUCUCUAUAAGAGAUUGAUUGCAGUCAUGGAGUCUCGUGGUAUCAGACAGGAGAUUAUUGCUGGGUCUCUUACUUUUUAUGCAAAAAGGUAUCUACCUGGUUUGAAUAGGCGUCAGGGUGCUAAUGAUUCUAAUUCUAGUGCCCGUCUUGGACCUGUGGCCAUAGGGGCUCCUCCAUCAGAAGAAGAUCAGAAGCUUUUGUUGGAGGAGAUUGAUAGGUUACUUCCUAUUCAGAAGGGCCUUGUCCCAACCAAGUUUCUCUUUGGACUGCUUCGAACGGCCAUGAUUCUUCGAGCAAGCCCCUCGUGUAUAUCUAACUUUGAGAAAAGGAUUGGGAUGCAACUUGAUCAAGCAACUCUGGAAGAUCUACUGAUGCCUACUUUCUCUUAUUCUAUGGAAACACUUUACAAUGUUGACUGUGUGCAGCGAAUUCUUGAGCAUUUUCUUACCAUGGACCAGAUCACUGGUGGAGCCUCUCCAUGUUCAGUUGAUGAUGGUCAGAUUAUUGGCUCACCUUCAUUAACACCAGUUACGAUGGUAGCCAAGCUAAUUGAUGGGUACCUUGCAGAGGUUGCUCCUGAUGUUAAUUUGAAGCUCCCCAAAUUUCAGGCUCUUGCUGCUUCUGUUCCAGACUAUGCUAGGCCCUUGGAUGAUGGUCUGUAUCGUGCAAUAGACAUUUAUCUGAAGUCACACCCAUGGUUGUCAGAAUCCGACAGAGAACAGCUAUGCAGGCUCAUGGACUGUCAGAAGCUCUCCCUGGAAGCAUGUACCCAUGCUGCACAGAAUGAGAGACUGCCACUAAGAAUAGUUGUGCAAGUCCUGUUCUUUGAGCAGCUUCAGCUUAGGACUUCAAUUGCCGGUUGCUUUCUGGUUUCUGAUAAUCUUGAUGGAUCACGACAGUUAAGAAGUGGGUUUGCAGGGUCUACUGAAGGAGGCUGGGCCUCAGCUGUGAGAGAAAAUCAGGUUUUGAAGGUAGGCAUGGAUAACAUGAGAAUGCGGGUUUCUGAGCUCGAGAAGGAAUGCUCGAACAUGAGGCAAGAAAUCGAGAAGCUAGGCCAGGUAAAGGGCUCUAGCACUUGGGGAAACGUCUCAAAGAAAUUCGGAUUCAAGUUGAAGUCUCAAAUGUGCAGUGCACAGGAGGGUUCUGUUAGCAACCAGAAUAAUGGAAGUGGAAAGACUGAGAAAGUGAAGGACCGGCAAGGAAAGCACAAGAAAAACUCAACUCCAGAUGAGUAAGACUAUUGGUUUUUCCUCUUCAUGUUUAGAUCCAUUUGUGUCAUUGUUUGUUUUGUUCCUACUGUUUAGUACCUUAGUUGUGCUUUAAACUUUGUUAAACUAGCUUCCCACCUUUGAUCUCACUGUAAUUGUGUGCCAUACCCUCUUUUUAUAUUUUUUAUUUACUCCCCGCAUUCUGAAUUAUGUAAUGGAGAUAAUGGAAGAAACUGUAAUUUAAUUUGUUUCAUGUAAUAAUCCUGAAGCCAUCUCUUCCUCUCUACGUGAGGCGCUUGUCCUCACUGUGAAAUCUGCCUUUCUGCUUAUAGACAGUUGAAGCUCAAACACAAUUAACAUUAAUAUCUCAACCUUACAUGGAUGAUCCCAUCCAUGACUCAAUUUUUUUUCCUAAUCGAAGGAGAAAAUUCUAGUACACAUGUAAAACUACGUUGAAAUUACUUUUUAGUACAUCUUUUUCUUUUUUUUUUAAUAAAACUUGGAUUCAUUAAACAAAGAUACAACUCUCUUGUAGUACAAUAUCAUUAAGCUAAUACGGCUAUCUUUGCUAGCCUACGAGCCACCUUGUUUGCUUCUUUGUGCUAGUUUCACUGUGGUAUCCUCC